AAGGAGGAAGCGAGCGGACUCGCAUUGAGCCAACAUGAAUACUUUAGGAAAGGAUAUUGAUGUUGUCACAUCAAGAUCUAUGACACCUACCGACUGGAGACCAACACCGAAAUUGAAAGACAGAGUUCGGUCUAAAACACGCUUGAAGUCAGCAAGAAGAGUCAGAUCCAGUCUGUUCACAGAGGAUAUCAUUCCUCUUGUUCUCACCUCCAAGAGUCGAGAAAUCUUCCAGUGUGUGAUCGACCAGGAUCUCACAGAGGAGCAACCUUACAAGCUCAUUAAAAAGGAUGAUAUUAUAAACGACAUGAAGGCAAGGGGAGGCACCUCUGAUUUCUACCCCUUCAAACAGCAGAUCCUGGAACAUUCAACAGAAGACUUUCUAGUUGUUUUUGAUAAAGAUUUCAAGUACGGUCAAAGUUUUUACAUGGUUUUAAAUGAAACGAUGAAGGAAGCGAUUUUACAGUCACUUGAACAGAAACAGGAUGCGAAGGAAGAGGACGAGGACGAGGAACUAUCUUUUAAAGAUUUCCUUCUUAGGAGCUGGACCGAUUUGGGCAGUGGCAUUGAAAUUGAACAAGAAAAAGCUGAAGAGUCGUCAACGAAGGUGAAAUUUAUGAUUUCGCGUAUCCGCAGAGAAUUUGGGGCACCGGUGGUCUUUGAUGAUCGCAACGAUGCUGAAACAAAGGAUAGUUACAUCGAGUGCACAUCCUACCAGGACAAGAAUUUCAGCAUCAAAAAGCUGGAGAGGGAUAUAGGGAUACAGGCUGUCAAGAUAUUAGAGGAAAGCAGCACACAGACAGAAUGGACCUACCCUCGGAAUGCUUGCACCCAAUAUACACCCAGUGAGUUUACGCAGGAGGAAAAAGAUGAAAUUUUAAAAUCUGAAGCCCUCAACACAUUUAUCAACUCGGUUGCAUUGAGGUUUGAGUUAGCCUUACAGCAAAAUGAAAUUAUGGAUGUCUUCUACGAUGACUGGAGGGGGCUUACGGAUGAGGAUAGUACAUUUGGGGGAAAGGCAGACUGCCACCUAAAGGAGUACCAGUCCUUCACCGACCUUCAAAAGAGCCAAGGAAAGAGGGUUAACAACAUUGAAUGGCACCCGACCAUUCUGGGGCUAGUGGCUGUGUCAGUUGUGGAUCACAUUACCAUGGAGGACAGGAUGAACUUAACCAACAGACCACUCCGGAGUCAUUCAUAUAUUCUAUUCUGGAACUUCACUGAUCCCAUCCGCCCACAGAUAAUCUUGGAGGCUCCGGAUGAUAUUUACAGCUUUCAGUUUUGUCCCACUGAUCCAAACAUUGUGGCUGGUGGCUGCAAAAAUGGCCAGGUGGUGCUGUGGGACAUUUCUGAAUUCGCACACAGAUUACAGGGUCACCUUCCAGCAACAAAACCCGACACCGUCAAAGCAAACCUGCUGCCUGAGCUAGAUCCUGUACCCCACCUGGAGGUGCCCAUUGCUCACCACUGUGCAGUGUCAUCAAUUGAAAAUGGACACAAAUCCUUUAUUACCGAUUUAUGCUGGCUGCCAGACCACUUUGAGAUAACAAAGUUUGGAGUCCCAUGUGAGAAUCCAGAAGGGGUUUGUGUCCAACUUGUCACAUGCUCUCCUGAUUGCUCUAUAUUGUUCUGGGAUGUUCGGCGACCCAAAGCCACUGUACUGACAAGACACGAGAAACAGAAAAUGGAGAAAGAGCUUCAGAAUCCUGAAGGAAUACCUAACACUUUUAAGCAUAUUGAUCUCUAUUGGAAGCCCAUGCAUAGGGUGGUAUUACCUAAGGUUACAGGCAGUGGAGAAUACAGCCCUUUGAAAAUUAGCUUGAGGGAGAAAUGCACUGACAAAGCCCAUGAUUACGAAGAAAGGGUUGUGACCAGUGAGGAGUCCGGGAAAUUCAACACAGAGUACUACCUCCUGAGGUACCGGCACAUGUGUAAUACUAAAUCUCUUCAGAACCUCUUCCAGAGUAAAGGGGAAACUUCAGAGUAUGGCAACAUGGACGUUCCCUCAAGCAGGGAUCUGACAAACCUGACUGAAAUUAACACCUUCUUGUUUAUUGGUACUGAAGAUGGAGAGGUUACUUCUGUAGACUGGCAAGUUGAAAAAGACAUGGAUACUGGAAAAAUGACCACUCCAAAGCCAACUCACUGCUAUACAGUCCACGACGGUCCUGUAAACACAGUGCAAAGGUCACCCUUCUUCACGGAUAUCAUUUUGACCGUAGGAGGAUGGACAUUUGCCAUUUGGAAAGAAGGCUUCACUCUUGGACCCCUCCUACAUUCCGCCUGUGCAACCAAACGCUGUCAAACUGGUCACUGGUCCCUUACCAGACCAGGGGUCAUUAUCAUCGGAAGAGAAGAUGGGAACAUUGAUAUUUGGGAUUUACUUGAAAAAACACAUGAGCCUUCGCAGACUCAGAAUAUUUCUUCUGUUCCAAUAAGUUGCAUCAGACCCUGGAUUGUCUCAACAAGACAACAUUUACUGGCCGUAUCUGAUGACUUUGGUACACUACAUAUACUGGAGGUGCCCUGGGCUUUGCGAUAUCCAUUAACUCAGGAGAAAUCCAACGUUGAAGCUUAUUUUGACAGGGAAGUUAAACGACUGGAAUAUUUUGAAGCAAGAAAAAUAUUAAGAAGUGAAAAGAAAGAACAGGAAGAGGAAGAAAAACCUGCGCCCGAGGUAGAACCAAAGACGGUGGAACAAUUGGAAGAGGAAGCAAAAAAGGAACAUGCAGCUUACCUACAGGAAGAGAAGAAGAUUAUCUUUGCUCAGCUGGGGAAAGUGUGA